GGCCGCGGGGGCCGGGGCAGCGCCCCCCCCAAUGGCAGGCGGCGGCUGCGCCCGGACGACACCACCUGGUACCUGGACACGGACGAGCUCAGCCCGGGGGACGCCUCCCCCAACGGCGAGGCCGGGCCCCCGGAGGCCGAGGAGGGCCGGGGGUCUCGGGGUGGGACCCCCCGGCUGCUGCGGCGGGCGCUGAUGAAGGGCUCGGCCCUGUUGGCGUCCCUGGGCCUGGGCCGGGACCUGGCACCCCCCGAGUCCCCCCGCAGCCCCCCGCCCUCCCCCGGCCUCCUGCGCCUCUCCCCGCGCCGCUGGGAGCGGACCCUGGGGUCCCCAGAGUCACCCGGGACCCCCGAGAUGGGCCGUGCCUGGAGCCCCGGGACCCCUGAGCCGAGCCAAGCCCGGAGCCCCGGAUCCCCCGAUCCCGGCGGAGCCCGGACCCCCGGGACCCCCAGGACCCCUGAGCCGAGCCGAGCCCGGAGCCCCGGAUCCCCCGAUCCCGGCGGAGCCCGGACCCCCGGGACCCCCGAGCAGGGGCGAGCCCAGAUCCCCGGGUCCCCAGAUCCGAGUGGAACCCGGAGCCCCGGGACCCCCAGGAUCCCCGGGACCCCCGAGCAGGGGCGAGUCCGGACCCCCAGGACCCUGGAGCUGAACUGGUCCUGGACCCCCGAGCUAGGGGGAGCCAGGACCCCCGGGACCCCCGGGACCCCCGAGCUGGGCCGUGCUCGGACCCCCGGGACCCUGGAGCUGGGUCAGCCCCGGACCCCGGGGACCCCUGAGCCACGCCGUGCCCGGACCCCCGGGACCCCCGAGCUGGGGCUGCAGCCGUCACCCCGGGGGGCGCGGAGACCCCGAGAGCUGAGCCCAGCUGGGACCCCCGAGUGGGGCGGCCGCGGGAACUCGGGAGUCCGGCGGGAUCCCCCCGCCCCCGUGCCCAGGACACCCCCCCGAGGGGAGCCCGAGCCCGCCGAGGGGACCCCGGAGCCCGGGACACCCCUGGGGGGGGACCCCAGCACCCGCCAGGGGGGCUCCGGCCUCUGGGACACCCCCCCGAGGGGACCCCGCGCCCGGCGGGGGGACCCCGGAGCCCGGGGAGCCCCAAAAGGGGACCCUCGGCCUCUGGGCCGGGCGUCGCUCUCGGGGGGAGCCUCUUGA